GUCAGUUAUCUCUCACUCUCUCUUCUCUUUCUCUCUCUAUUUUCUCUCUCUACUUCUCCGAUCAAAUUUUCUUCAGAUCAUACAAAAAUGGCAAUCGCUUUCGGCCGAUUCGAUGACUCGUUCAGCUUUGGCUCAAUCAAGGCGUACAUCGCCGAGUUCAUCUCCACCUUGCUUUUCGUCUUCGCCGGCGUCGGCUCCGCCAUUGCUUUCAACAAGUUGACAGCCGACUCCGCCCUCGACGCGCCGGGACUGGUGGCGAUCGCAGUAGCCCACGCCUUCGCUCUGUUCGUGGCGGUUUCCAUCGGAGCCAACAUCUCCGGCGGCCACGUCAACCCCGCCGUCACCUUCGGUUUGGCCGUCGGCGGCCAGAUCACCAUCCUCACCGGCCUUUUAUACUGGAUCCGUCAGCUCCUCGGCGCCGUCGUUGCAUCUUUCUUGCUCAGCUUCGUCACCGGCGGCUUGGCGAUUCCGAUACACGGAGUUGGAGCUGGCGUGGGAGCGAUUCAAGGGGUGGUUAUGGAAAUAAUCAUCACCUUCGCACUUGUGUACACCGUGUACGCCACCGCAGCAGAUCCCAAGAAGGGCUCCAUCGGAACAAUCGCCCCCAUCGCAAUCGGGUUCAUCGUUGGCGCCAACAUUCUAGCCGCCGGCCCAUUCUCCGGCGGAUCCAUGAACCCGGCCCGCUCAUUCGGGCCCGCUGUCGCCAGCGGCAACUUCGCCGGACACUGGAUCUACUGGGUGGGCCCACUCAUCGGAGGCGGAUUGGCUGGGAUCGUCUACGACAACGUGUUCAUGCACCACGAGCAUGCACCACUCGCCAGCGAUUUCUAACUUUGCGCCUUGCGGGGUCUGAAUUGUAAUUUUUCCAGUUUGUUUGUGGUCGAAAAUGCGAAUAUUUGUCAUCUUUUGUAAUAAAAGGAAGGGGUGGAUUUGUAAUUUUCUUUUCUUUUCUUCCUUUUGUUGUUUGAAAUUUGAAAAAUUUGGGGUUUGAUUUGAAGUAAAAUUUAAUUUUCGGGGUGGAAGGGUUGUUUUCUGGAAAAUAUUAUUGGAUUUGGUGAACCGCCCCUAA